AUGGCUGGAUCUGGUGGAGGAGAGCUUCGCGCUCCAAUAUUCAACGGAGAGAAUUUCGAUUUCUGGCAAAUUCGAAUGAAAACAAUUUUCCGAUCUUACGAGCUGUGGAGCAUUGUUGAGAUGGGUUUUCUACCUCCAGCGAAGGCGGAGGGUGAGAUAGCAGAGGCGGAGAUGAAAUUGCAUCGUGAAAAUUUGGUCAAGGAUGCGAGGGCUCUUGGAAUCAUUCAAGGAGCAAUGUCGGAUCAAAUUUUUCCACGGAUUGCAACUCUAGAAACUGCGAAGGCAACUUGGGAUAUUCUGAAGCAAGAGUUCGUAGGAGAUAAACAGAUGAAAAGUUAUGGUGAAGAUCUUAGUAAUCAAAGAAUUGUACAAAAGCUGUUGAUCAGUUUACCUAAAUCAUAUGAUAGUAUUGCUUCUGUUAUUGAAAAUACUAGAGAUAUUGAUGUAAUUGAUGCACAAGAUGUGGUUGCUAUCCUGAAAGGGUAUGAACUGAGAUUAACUAGGCAUGAAGAGAAUAGCACUGAACGUGCAUUUUCUAGCUUAGAUAUUUCAUCUAAGAACAGUAAAGUUGGUAAUCAGUUUACCAAUAUUGGUGGAUCGAAAUCUCAGAAGAAUCUCAAGUUCAAAAGGAAGCAGUGGACUAAUAGGUUCACCCCGGGUGUUAGGAAUGAAGCAAAUAACUCUGGAUGUGCUUGCAAAUAUUGUGAUAAACUUCAUUAUGGAGAAUGUUGGUUAAAAGGGAAGAUUAAAUGUCACAAGUGUGGGAAACUUGGUCAUAUUGCCAGAGUUUGUAAUCUCAACAAGAAUGUCCAGCAAGGAAACUUUGCAAACAAAGUGGUAGAACAAAAGAACUUUGCAAAUAAGAUGGGAAAACCUGGAAAUCUGUUUAUGGUUAAGCAAUCAACUGAAGUGAAGGCUGAGUGA